CCCUUCCUUCUAAUUAUUCUCCAAAUUCAACUUCCCAGACUUAUUCUUUUUAUAUACGACCAUCCCAUCUUCAUCACCCAACCAUCAUCACUCUAAGAUAUCAUCUCCACGCAAACAAACAACCAUGUCUUUAUCAAAGCAAGAUAUGAAGUACCUGGCCAACCGCAAGGUCGUUACUGAAGAGGCCCUCAUUGCUAUCGCGGCUGCUAAACGCGAUGACUUUGAGAGAUGGUGCAAGGCACCUCAGUUCCAGCAUUUUUUGAUGAGAGCUCGUCUCGGGAGCCCAUCAGAUCCAAUGACCCUCCCACGUCUUCAAAAGUGGGCAGCUGAUGAGAUGUUCCACCUCAGAGCUAGUCUAUCGUCUGGAAAGCAGUGUACUGGCGCUAACGACCGCACCCAGGGCUCUGCCGUCAAGUCUGGUGGCCCUACUCCCCGGGAUCAAAUUCCUGCAGCCAAGGCCGCUGCUGAUCAGCCUAAGGGCUUGAAGAUGUUCGAUAUCGAUGAUCUCCUGAAUGGGGACUAUACGAAUGAAGUCGUCGCCAGGAUCACCCAACGCGAUAUCGAGAUUAUCGUUGGUCAGCGGGCAGAACCUCACGUGGCCUGGUUUCUCCGGGUUCUACUCGGCAUCAGGCGAGAUCACUCUGAUUUUACUGCAAGGAGGCUUGUGAGGGAUUGGGUGUACGAUAUCAAGUCCCGCGAGUGCAUGAAGACCCAAGCUGCCGCGGAACCAACUAAGUGCCAGGCGCAUAUUGGCGAGAAGCUUGGCCAAGAUGCGACGUCCAAAGUCCUCGUGAAUAAGAAGAACACGACAAAGAUCGAAGAAGGCCCUCGCUUUAUUGACGAUAACCUUAUCGCAUUUGCUUAAGAGUUCAGAGGCGUCUAUUUCCUUUUUUUUAAAAGCUGAAGUUCAAGUCUGGUGGUAUUAAUUCUAUGGUGGGAUCAUCGUUACGUUAUGCGAAACUAUGUAUCAAACAUUACCAAUUGGUUACAGAUCACUAUAGGUCUUUGCAUACUUGAAUACAUUUUAAACGCGGCUUCGGGCGUUAUGAACCAACAAGUUCUUCAUUGAAAUGGUGCAUUGACGUUUUGAGGGGACGGGUAUAGGCGAACCCCACAACCUUAAUUCUGGUGUGUUGAUACGUAGGUGCAUAUAAAGUCUCAAGCGCAACAUGUCAGUAGCAAGGUGAAAAUGUCCUGUGACUAUAGAUGAAUAAAAACGUCAUGAACUCGUUGCAAGAGUACUGCGAAA